CAGAGAAUAUCGAAGAGUCAAAAGGAAUAGCUCCACGAUGACGAAUCCAUUGGCUGGACUAGAAAGGACGGUCGGUAAAGAAAUGUUCCAAAAGGUAAGCUCAGGUCGAUCAAUCCAAAACAUCCAAUUGGAAUCGGAUUAUAGCUGUUGAAUCGUCGAGUUCCAACCAGUACUUAAUUACUCUUUCAAUCCUUCACUUGCUUGAAUCAACUAUAGAUCCAAACUGCAAAUAUUCUUUGUGUCGGAGCUGGCGGAAUUGGCUGCGAACUCCUAAAAGAUAUGGCGUUGUCUGGAUUUCGUAGGGUUCAGGUCGUCGAUCUGGACACAAUCGAUGUUUCAAAUCUUAAUCGCCAACUUCUCUUUCGUGGUCAGCACGUUGGUAUGCCGAAAUGCACUGUGGCUUGUGAAGUUGCUACUGAUAUGGUCCCCCCUUUGAAUAUUCCGUCAGGCGACGAGAAGACUGAUGGCAAUAGCCCGACUGACAAUGCCAUUGAACUUCCACCAGUUUCAUACCAGGCCCACCAUGGCAAUGUCUGUGAUACGUCAAAAUUUAACGURCCGUUCAUCAAGGAAUUUGAUUUGGUUGUUAAUGCACUCGAUAAUGUAGAAGCUCGYCGUCGUGUAAAUCGCCUUUGUCUUGCCGCUGAUGUGCCCCUCAUUGAGGCCGGGACGACGGGAUAUCUUGGUCAAGUCACGGUGAUUCACAAGAGUUCUGGUGUGGCGUGUUACGAGUGCACAACUCAAGAAACUCAAAAGGUCUAUCCCAUCUGCACCAUCCGAUCAACGCCUUCAAUGCCGGUCCACACCAUUGUGUGGAGUAAGGAAUUAUACAAACUGUUAUUCCAUUCAAAAGUUGACGAGAGUAUGCUCUACGAAGAUCCCCAGGGAGAAGAACCUAGCACCUAUAUGGACGCCGUGUCUGUUUUAAGAAAGUUUCUCAAGUCAGAUGUUAUURAAGAUAAUGGCGAAUCUUUAAAUACGGCAAUACAUCGACUAUUGGAAGAUUUGUAUUCCGUUGAGAUCAAAAAGCAAUUGGACAUGGGACGGUACAAAGCAGCCAAAAAGACACCAACGUGCCUCAAAGGAUCAAUCCUAGAAAGUGGAAUGGCCUCAUCAACAGCACCUCCAACAUCCACCACGAAUAUUUGGUCUCCCGAAGAGUCAGUGGCUGCAUUGGCGGCAUGCUUGGCAGAAGCCGUAAAGACWCCCAACGAUAUUUUGCUGGAAGAAUUCGACAAGGACGAUCACUUGGCAAUGAGAUUUGUCACUGCGGCUUCGAACCUUAGAAGYUCCGUCUUUGGUAUAGAACCUCUACAAUCGCUCUACAGUGCGAAGGGUAUAGCUGGUAACAUCAUUCCUGCAAUUGCCACCACCAAUGCGAUCUGUGCUGGUUUGCAAAUCCUUCAAGCCUUUGCAAUCCUCAAGCGACAAAUAGAGAAAGGAAAAGUCAGUGACGAACCAGGGGCAGAAUCAAAGGGUCUGGAUCUAAGCAAAUCUUGUUACUACGUCAACUGCCUUAGGAACCGUACUCGCAAUGGCUUGUACCUAACUGCCAGUCCACUUGAGAAGCCGAAUCCAAAUUGUUUUGUAUGCAAGAAUGCCAUAAUACCCCUUGCGUUGAAUGUGGAGGAAUGGACGCUAGAGGACUUCUUGAAACGCAUCGUGAAGGGACGGUUGGGUUUCGAGGAGCCCACUCUAAUACUCGAGGGAGAUUUCAUUUGGGAAGAGGGGGAUGGAGCGGAUGAAGAUGAAUUCAAGAUGAAUCUUCCCAAGAAACUUUCGGGAUUACCGUGCGGGGGAAUCAAGCACGGAACUGUAUUGGAGAUCGACGACAACUCGCAAAAUUUGAGCAUUCAAGUGGCCGUCACGCACARAGACGUAUGGGAGGGCGAUGAGGUCCCCGAUUUUCCCUUCACGGUAGGCGCCCUACCACCAGCGACACACCAGCACGACAAGCCCGGCGUUGCCGCGAACAGCAGUAGUACAUCAGCAACAGRUGAGRGGUCAAAAACUGCGGUUGACGACGAUGACGACGACGUAGUAUUGAUCAUCGACGAAGAUGAUGAACAAGAAAAAGGGAAGCGAUCGAUUGGAGACGUCGCCGGUGACGAAGAGAAACCUGSGAAGAGAGCAAAAACGAACUCGUCGGGAGAGGUCGAUGUCGACAUCAUUGAAAUAGAGGAUUGAUGUCUAAAGUAUGACCUAAGACAUAGCUGUUCUCUAAAUUAGACUUUACUUUGAAUGAUCUAUGUACAAAUAGUAAUAAUCUUUAUAAUUGCUA